UCCGGUCCGCGCGCGCCGCACCCCGACAGUCCAGCCGCAGCCGGCGUGGAGGGCGCGCGUCCCGCCGAGGAGGAAAAGGAUGGCUGGGCCAUGUCCCGGCCGGUGGGUCACACUGCUGCUGGCAUUCCUGCUGAGUGUCGGCCUUCCAGGGACCAUAGCCAACCGCUGCAGGAGGGCACAGGUGAAGAGCUGCACUGAGUGUAUACGCGUGGACAAGGACUGCGCUUACUGCACCGAUGAGAUGUUCAAGGAGCGCCGCUGCAACACCCAGGCGGAGUUGCUAGCUGCAGGCUGCCGCCUGGAGAGCAUGGUGGUCAUGGAGGGCAGCUUUGAGAUCACAGAGGACACCCAGAUCGACAUCACCAAAGGCCGCAGCCAGGUGUCCCCCCAAGCCCUGAAAGUCCGCCUACGGCCAGGCGAGGAACGGCACUUUGAGCUGGAGGUGUUUGAACCCCUGGAGAGCCCCGUGGACCUGUACAUCCUCAUGGACUUCUCCAACUCCAUGUCUGAUGACCUGGACAAUCUCAAGCAGAUGGGGCAGAAACUGGCCACAGUCCUGAGUCAGCUCACCAGCGACUACACGAUUGGAUUUGGCAAGUUUGUAGACAAGGUCAGCGUCCCUCAGACGGACAUGAGGCCUGAGAAGCUGAAGGAGCCCUGGCCCAACAGUGACCCCCCCUUCUCCUUCAAGAAUGUCAUCAGCCUCACAGAGGAUGUGAAUGAGUUCAGAGAUAAGCUGCAGGGUGAGCGGAUCUCAGGCAACCUGGAUGCCCCCGAAGGUGGCUUCGAUGCCAUCCUGCAGACAGCUGUGUGCACAAGGGACAUUGGUUGGCGCCCCGACAGCACCCACAUGCUAGUGUUCUCCACGGAGUCAGCCUUUCACUAUGAGGCCGAUGGUGCCAACGUGCUGGCUGGCAUCAUGAACCGCAAUGACGAGAAGUGCCACCUGGACGCCACAGGCACCUACACCCAGUACAAGAUACAAGACUACCCAUCGGUGCCAACACUGGUGCGCCUGCUUGCCAAGCACAACAUUAUCCCCAUCUUCGCUGUCACCAAUUACUCCUACAGCUACUACGAGAAGCUUCACACAUACUUCCCGGUCUCCUCGCUGGGUGUGCUACAGGAAGACUCCUCCAACAUCGUGGACCUGCUGCAGGAGGCUUUCAAUCGCAUUCGCUCCAACCUGGACAUCCGGGCCCUGGACAGCCCCCGAGGCCUGCGGACAGAGGUCACCUCCAAGAUGUUCCAGAAGACAGAGACUGGGUCCUUUCACAUCAGGCGGGGGGAAGUGGGAACGUACAACGUGCAGCUGCGGGCUGUGGAGGAUGUGGACGGGACGCACGUAUGCCAGCUGGCAGACGAGGACCAGGCAGGCAGCAUCCACCUGAAGCCCUCCUUCUCUGAUGGUCUCUGGAUGGAUGUGGGCAUCAUCUGCGACGUGUGCGCCUGCGAGCGGCAAAAAGAGGUGCAGUCAGCUCGCUGCAACUACAGAGGAGACUUCACGUGCGGACACUGCGUGUGCCACGAGGGCUGGAUUGGCAAGACCUGUAACUGCUCCACUGGCUCACUGAGUGACACUGAGCCCUGCAUGCUGGAGGGCGAAGACAAGCCAUGCUCUGGCCAUGGCGAGUGCCAGUGCGGACGCUGUGUGUGCUACGGCGAAGGCCGCUACGAGGGUCACUUCUGCGAGUAUGACAACUUCCAGUGCCCCCGAACCUCCGGGUUCCUCUGCAAUGACCGGGGACGCUGCUCCUUGGGCCAGUGUGUGUGUGAGCCUGGUUGGACAGGCCUCGGCUGUGACUGUCCCCUCAGCAAUGCCACCUGCAUCGACAGCAAUGGGGGCAUCUGUAAUGGACGUGGCAUCUGCGAGUGUGGCCGCUGUCACUGUAACCAGCAGUCACUCUACACGGACACCACCUGCGAGAUCAACUACUCAGCGAUCCGCUUGGGCCUCUGUGAAGACCUGCGGUCCUGUGUGCAGUGCCAGGCCUGGGGCACCGGGGAGAAGAAGGGCCGCAAGUGUGAGGAGUGUAGCUUCAAGGUGAAGGUAGUGGAUGAGCUUAAGAAAGCGGAGGAGGUGGUGGAGUACUGCUCCUUCCGGGACGAGGAUGAUGACUGCACUUACAGCUAUACUGUGGAGGGCGACGGCGUCCCUGGGCCCAACAGCACCGUACUGGUGCACCGGAAGAAGGACUGUCCUCCCAACUCCCUCUGGUGGCUCAUCCCGCUCCUUAUCUUCCUCCUGCCACUCCUGGCACUGCUGCUGCUGCUCUGCUGGAAAUACUGUGCCUGCUGCAAGGCCUGCCUGGCACUUCUCCCGUGCUGCAGCAAAGGCCACAUGGUGGGCUUUAAGGAAGACCACUACAUGCUGCGGGAGAACCUGAUGGCCUCAGACCACUUGGAUACACCUAUGCUACGCAGCGGGAACCUCAAGGGGCGGGACAUGGUCCGCUGGAAGAUCACCAACAAUGUGCAGCGGCCCGGCUUUGCCACCCACGCCGCCAGCACCAACCCCACGGAGCUGGUACCCUAUGGGCUGUCCCUGCGCCUUGCCCGCCUCUGCACUGAGAACCUGCUGAAGCCUGGCACUCGAGAAUGUGACCAGCUGCGCCAGGAGGUGGAGGAGAAUCUGAACGAGGUGUACAGACACAUCACUGGAGCCCACAAGCUCCAGCAGUCCAAGUUCCGACAGCAGCCCAACGCAGGGAAAAAGCAAGACCAUACCAUCGUGGACACAGUGGUGAUGGCACCCCGCUCGGCCAAGCAGGCGCUGCUGAAGCUGACGGAGAAGCAAGUGGAGCAGGGGGCCUUCCACGAGCUCAAGGUGGCCCCUGGCUACUACACCCUCACUGCCGAGCAGGAUGCCCGAGGCAUGGUGGAAUUCCAGGAGGGUGUGGAGCUGGUAGACGUACGCGUGCCCCUCUUCAUCCGGCCUGAGGAUGACGAUGAGAAGCAGCUGCUAGUGGAGGCCAUCGAUGUGCCUGUGGGCACCGCCACCCUCGGUCGGCGCUUGGUGAACAUCACCAUCAUCAAGGAGCAAGCCAGUGGGGUGGUGUCCUUUGAGCAGCCCGAGUACCAGGUCAGCCGCAGCGAGCAAGUGGCCCGCAUUCGUGUCAUACGGCACAUCCUGGAUAACGGCAAGUCCCAGGUCUCAUACCGCACACAGGACAACACAGCACUGGCCAACCGGGACUAUGUCCCUGUGGAUGGUGAGCUGCUGUUCCACCCCGGGGAGACCGCAAAAGAGCUGCAGGUGAAGCUCCUGGAGCUGAAGGAAGUGGACUCCCUCCUGCGGGGCCGCCAGAUCCACCGCUUCUACCUCCAACUCAGCAACCCCAAGUUCGGGGCCCGCCUGGGCCAGCCUCAGUCUGCCACCGUCAUCAUCGGGGAGCGAGAUGAACUGGACCGGAGCUUCACGAGUCAGAUGCUGUCAUCGCCGCCACUCCCCCGUGGGGACCUGGGUGCCCCACAGAACCCCAAUGCCAAGGCUGCUGGGUCCCGGAAGAUCCAUUUCAACUGGCUGCCCCCACCUGGCAAGCCAAUGGGAUACAGGGUAAAGUACUGGAUCCAGGGCGACUCAGAGUCUGAAGCCCACCUGCUCGACAGCAAGGUACCCUCAGUGGAGCUCACCAACCUGUACCCAUACUGCGACUAUGAGAUGAAGGUGUGUGCCUAUGGGGCACAAGGCGAGGGUCCCUACAGCUCCCUGGUAUCCUGCCGCACCCACCAGGAAGUACCCAGCGAGCCCGGGCGUCUGGCCUUCAAUGUCGUCUCCUCCACGGUGACCCAGCUGAGCUGGGCUGAGCCAGCUGAGACCAAUGGCGAGAUCACAGCCUAUGAAGUCUGCUAUGGCCUGGUGAAUGAAGACAACCGACCCAUUGGGCCCAUGAAGAAGGUGCUGGUGGACAGCCCCAAGAACCGGAUGCUGCUCAUUGAGAAUCUUCGAGAAUCCCAGCCCUAUCGCUACACGGUGAAGGCCCGAAAUGGGGCAGGCUGGGGUCCUGAGCGUGAGGCCAUCAUCAACCUGGCCACCCAGCCCAAGAGGCCCAUGUCCAUCCCCAUCAUCCCAGACAUUCCCAUCGUGGACGCCCAGGGUGGAGAAGACUACGAAAGCUUCCUCAUGUACAGUGACGAGGUUCUGCGCUCCCCAGCUGGCAGCCAGAGGCCCAGCGUCUCGGAUGACACUGGCGGCAGCUGGAAGUUCGAGCCCCUGCUGGGGGAGGAGCUGGACCUGCGGCGCGUCACGUGGCGGCUGCCCCCGGAGCUUAUCCCGCGCCUGUCGGCCAGCAGCGGGCGCUCCGACGACGACGGCUGUGGCGCCGCGGGUGUCAUGGACUGGGAGGGUGGCAACUGGGCCCGCGAGGCGACGCCCCGGCCUCCCGGAGAGCACCUGGUGAAUGGCCGGACGGACUUUGCCUUCCUUGGCAGUGCCAACUCCCUGCACAGGAUGACAGCAGCCAAUGCUGCCUACGGCACCCACCUGAGCCCACAUCUGUCGCGACACAUACUGAGCACAUCCUCCACCCUCACUCGGGACUACCACUCACUGACCCGCACGGAGCACUCCCACUCUGGCACACUACCCCGGGACUACUCCACCCUCACAUCUCUGUCCUCCCAGGGCCUCCCUCCCAUCUGGGAAGACGGGAGGAGCAGGCUUCCGCUGUCCUGGGCCCUGGGGUCCUGGAGUCGGGCUCAGAUGAAGGGGCUCCCCCCCUCCAGGGGCUCUCGAGACUCCAUAAUCCUGGCUGGGCAGCCAGCAGCGCCCCCGUGGGGCCCAGACUCACGUGCAGCUGUGGGUGUGCCCGACACUCCCACCCGCUUGGUGUUCUCAGCCCUGGGGCCCACAUCUCUGAAAGUGAGUUGGCAGGAGCCACAGUGCGAGCGUGUGCUGCUGGGUUACAGCGUGGAGUACCAGCUGCUGAAUGGCGGUGAGCUGCAUCGGCUCAACAUCCCCAACCCUGGCCAGACUUCAGUGGUGGUGGAAGACCUCCUGCCCAACCACUCAUAUGUGUUCCGAGUGCGGGCCCAGAGCCAGGAAGGCUGGGGCCGGGAGCGUGAGGGUGUCAUCACCAUUGAGUCACAAGUGCACCCACAAAGCCCACUCUGUCCUCUGCCAGGGUCCACCUUCACCUUGAGCACUCCCAGUGCCCCAGGCCCACUGGUGUUCACCGCCCUGAGCCCUGACUCGCUGCAGCUGAGCUGGGAGCGGCCCCGGAGACCCAAUGGAGAUAUCCUGGGUUACCUGGUGACCUGUGAGCUGGCUCAAGGAGGAGGGGCAGCCACCACAUUCCGGGUGGAUGGAGACAACCUGGAAAGCAGACUGACGGUGCCUGGCCUCAGCGAGAACGUGCCCUACAAGUUCAAGGUGCAGGCCAGGACCACGGAGGGCUUUGGGCCAGAGCGUGAGGGCAUCAUCACUAUUGAGUCCCAGGAUGGAGGUCCCUUUCCGCAGCUGAGUGGCCACCCUGGGCUCCUCCAGCCCCCACUGCAAGGCGAGUACAGCAGCAUCACCACCACUCACAGCAGCAGCACCGAGCCCUUCCUAAUGGAUGGACUGACCCUGGGGUCCCAGCACCUGGAGGUAGGUGGCUCCCUCACUCGGCACGUGACGCAGGAGUUUGUGAGCCGGACGCUGACCACCAGUGGAACGCUCAGCACCCAGGUGGACCAACAGUUCUUCCAAACCUAACGCCCCCCAACCCCAGCAAUGCCUCAAAACCUGGGCCCUUCCUGCCUUCUCAUCCUGGCCCACCUUCUCAGCUGAAGCAUCCUUAAGACCCGAGGGGCCCAGCCUACCUGCAUGCUUACCACAGGGCAGGGGCAGGUAUUCUCUGGGAAGCAUGAAGGCCCAAAGGUCCAGGAGACUCUUCAGGCUUCCCCUUUUAGCCACCAGCCCAGACCCAUUUGUAACCAAAGAGCUCAGACCAACUCAAGGCCCCAGCAUUUGUUCUGCGCUUAAUAAAAGACUUUGCUAUUGCC